AUGCCAUCCGCUCAGCCUGCAACACCCCCUGCCACACCUCCUGGUCUGGAGCCCUCUCUCCCUCUACCUUCACCUUGUCUAUCCUACUGGCACAAAACUACCCGCGGCUUUCCUCAUCUAAAUGCCAACAAGGAUGCACCUCCACCAGAAACAGCCGACUACAUAAUCAUCGGCUCAGGCAUCUCAGGUGCCUUGACAGCCUUCUCUCUGACCGACUCUGGCAUCCCCGGUAACAGAAUUCUGAUCCUCGAAGCCAGGGAAGCAGUCUCAGGAGCUAGUGGCAGGAAUGCCGGACAUGUUCGUCCCGAUGCAUUUCGCGGCUAUGCUGCCUAUGCAGCUGUGCAUGGUCCCGAGCAAGCGAAGAAAAUCAUCGUAGAAGAAAGGAAAGUGCUGCAUGCUGUUGAUGAGUUCGUGCGUCGGUAUGACGUGCUUUGCGAUUUUGACCUUACCACUACGUUUGAUGUGUGCUUGACACCGGAGUUUGCUGCGUAUGAAGCGCAAAGCUUUGAAGCAUAUAAGGCGGCUGGAGGAGAUGUGUCGCAUGUACGAUUUUAUGAGGGCGAGGAGGCUAAGACCAGGACAAGAGUUCCUGAAGCUGUUGCUGCAUAUGAGUGGCCUGCUGGAUCUAGUCAUCCUGCCAAGUUGGCACAAUGGCUACUUUCCAGUGUCAUUGACAAGGGAGCACAACUAUGGACGCACUGUCCCGCAAUUGCGGUGACUGAAUCUCAGCUUCCAGGAUACCGGUGGGAUGUACGCACACCGAGAGGAACGAUCGCGACCAAGGCGGUUGUGCAUAGCACCAAUGCAUAUGCCGCAGCAUUACUGCCUCACCUCAAUGGCUACAUAACGCCCAAUCGAGCACAAGCACAUUCACUCGUGCCUACGUCUGCCUUCAGCGCUGAGAACGCCUUUACCAGCACUAUGUCGCUCAGAUACAGCCUCCACCAUUUCUACUCUGUCAUCCAGAGAAAAGGUGAUGGGACUAUUGUCCUCGGUGUCUCCAGAUCAAACCCUGAGCUAAGCGCCGAAACAUUAGCAGUGCGAGAAAGCUUCGACGAUGGUGCUUUCAACCAGGAGAUCAUAGAUGAUGCAUUGAAGCGCUUUGGAAUCAUGUUUCCAGAGUACGUGACGGAGACUGAGCGCCAUGGCGAGGGAUUGGACCACGCAUGGACUGGAAUAAUCGCCAUGACUCCUGAUUCAGUGCCGUAUGUUGGCGCUAUCGAGGAGUUGCCUGGACAAUAUAUCUGCGCAGGCUUCAAUGGACAUGGCAUGGCGAGAAUCUUCACAUGUGCACCAGGUUUGGCCAAGCUGAUGCUGGGCGGCUCUUGGGAAGAAACAGGACUGCCAGAAUGUUUCCAGUACGGCAAGGAGAGAUUGGUCAAGGCUGCGCGCAAAGGACAGAAAGGAAGCGUUUGGUAG